CCUCCGGCGGCGCGGGACGCCACGUCCAGGUUGGCCGGGCUGCUGAGCCAAUGAGCUCCCGGCGCGCGUGCGCUGCUGUCCCCUUGCGGGUCCGCGUCGGGGGCGGGGGCAAGAUGGCGGCGCCCGUCCUGCUGCGAGUGUCGGUGCCGCGCUGGGAGCGGGUAGCCCGCUACGCGGUGUGCGCGGCCGGCAUCCUGCUCUCUCUCUACGCCUGCCACCUGGAGCGGGAGAAGGGCCGGGACCUCCACUAUCGGGCCCUGUGCGACUUCAGCGAGCGGGUCCGCUGCUCCGCCGCCAUCGCCUCCCGAUGGGGUCGAGGAUUUGGUCUGUUGGGUUCCAUCUUUGGAAAGGACAGUGCAAUAAAUCAGCCAAACAGUGUCUUUGGACUUGUAUUUUAUAUACUACAAAUGUUACUUGGUAUGACAGCAAGUGCAGUAGCAGCUCUAAUCCUCAUGACAUCCUCCAUAGUGUCAGUAGUAGGGUCACUGUACCUGGCAUACAUUCUGUACUUUGUGCUGAAGGAAUUUUGCAUUAUAUGCGUCAUCACAUAUUUGCUGAACUUCAUUCUCUUUAUCAUCAACUACAAACGACUAGUUUACUUGAAUGAGGCCUGGAAACGGCAACUCCAGCCCAAACAGGAAUAACACAUGUUUGAACUUUUGACCGAUAGUCUGAAGACCUGACUUCCAUUUAAGUUUAUUUUGCAGUAAUUUUUUAUUUUUCAUAUCAGACACUUUUCCCAAGAAUCAUAACUGAUAUUUUUAAUAACUGUAAAUUGGAAGGGGCCCUAGAUAAUUUCUGUGCUAAUCUUCAAUUUAAAUAUGGCUACAAAAGAGACGGCUCUAAUACAAUCAAAGACAAGCUUUAACUUUACUUUGAAGAAAUUUCUUAGCCACACAAAAUCUAGACUCCUCGCAACUUGUAAAGUGGGUAAUGCUAGAAAAUAUCCUGUGUAUAAAUUCAACUUCAGAUAUGAUGAGAUGUGAUCAUGACAUUUAAAUGUGCUAGAAUAGAGGUACCAUAUUUAAUGUUGCCAUGUUUACAGUAUGUGUAUUACAUUUUUAGCAGAUGGACUUAAACAUGUAGAUUUGACUAAAACAUGAUAUUGUAAAUAACUAGAAAUAUUGGAUCCAUUCCUGCAGAACUCGCUGUACAGUCAAUUUUGUUAGUGUAACAACUUUAAGAAUGUUCAGCUUAUAGUUGAUUGAUUGAAAUAAUGGAAGGAAUGAGCCCAUAUAGUGUCUUGUGAGAAGCACUCGUAGUGGUGAGUACAGCAAUACAAGUGAUGUUACCUUUGCUCCAUCUUUUUUUCCCUAUUAAUGAAAAUGGAAUUAAAGCUAAAACAUCAGGUAUAUCCAGUAAUGAAAUUGUAAUUUAAUAUCCGUACAGAAUGAAGACUGUUUAAAAUAGCCUGCAAAAAGCCACCAUUGGGAAAUUAAUACAGGAAGGCGGUAUGCUGAAACUGGAGAAAUCUCUUAUAUAAGAUUAUCUGAGUAGCACUUCUUGGAAUGGCUUAAUUUUCAUGCAGAUCUGUUUUUCAUUUUAAACUGGUGUCAGACAGCCCAACACAGUGUUACCAACAACAAUCUGACAUUACAUUGAAGGCUGCAAAAUAGAAUUGUAAUUUACAGUGGGUACCAGAGACUUACUGGGCUAGCUGAGAAAUGCACUGACUAAACAGAAAUUUCACUGAUCUUUUUCAGGUUCUUUGAUUUGUGUUAUAUUUAGAAAUGAACUUUAGAACUGACACGUAUUGGCCUUUCAAAGGGUCUUACCUGUUUGAGUGGCAUAAGUAGGUAAACAUGCUCUUGAAAAUGAAACACAGUAGUGCUAUCAUUGCUCUUUCUAAUAACUAUUUUUAAAACGUAAGCAAAAUUUGUAAACAGUGUGUCUACACUCAAUAUAUCCUGAAGUAGAAUGUUGAAAGUGCCUUCUGUCUUUAAAUUCUUAAACCAAAUAUUUUGUGUGUUGAACUUGGCCGGCAGAAGUGUCCUUGCUAUUUAACAAAUAAACUUGCAGUAUGUAGAAAAGUAUUCUAUGGUCCAUUUUAGUCCUUAGAAUGAGAAGUGGUAGCAAUAUUAUUGGUUCCUUAAGCCAAUGUGUUAAACAGAAAUGUAGGGCUGAUAAUCUGAUACUUCAUUUACCCUCAAACAAGCUAAAUACCAUAUUCUCUGAAACUCGGUGAAUCCAAAAUACAUUGAUUUAACAGUUUCCAGUCGCUGGUGCCAUGCCUUUUCUUCCCUCAUGUCAGCUAGAUUGAACUAGAUCAUUUAAAGAACACAUCUUCAGAUUUAGAAGCAAGUUUAGUUGAUUCUACUAAAUAUGAGUCUACUUAAGGGACACUGUUCUUAUGUGUUGUACUGUAAAAUUAAUUAAAAACACUAAAGAGUUGAAAAUAAACUUAACUGUGUGAAAGUAUGAUGUAUAAUAGUGAUGAUAGAUAUUUAGGAUGAAUUCACAACAGUAUUUAAAUUACCCUUGAGGUAAACUUCUGAUUCUUACCCUGGAUGAAGGUGGAGAUUUGAUUUAUGCAUGGAGUUCUAUGGUAUGAGUAACAUCUGUUACAUGUGACACUAAACAACUUGUCUCUUUUGUCUAACAACCCUAGACAAUGUAUUCAUUAAACACAUUUUGUAUUGACUAGAGUAGAGCUAAAGCUUGUCUUGAUGUUUAGUUCUCUCAAAUGCCUUGAACUUUGACAUGAGCAACUUUAAACUGGGUACCUCAAAGCUUUACCCUCUCCUGGCUCAAGGUUUGGGGAAAUACCACUGUUGAAUCUGUUGUAUGGAUUUAUUUUGAUACAUUCAUGUGAUCUGCUACACUAAUGAAAGAAAAAGGUGAACAUGGGCUGCUUGAAAUUAUUAGUCACAAUGCUAAUAUCUGAGAAUAAGCAGCAGUGGAGACAAGUAUAAAAAGUAUUAUUUGGUCUAAUUAAUGACUUAAUGCAUAAAACCCCUCAAACCAAAAACCAUCCGAUGAAAAUAUAGCUAUUGACUAUCUUCAAUGUGUCCCUGUGCUUAACUAUGUGGGCAUAGUCUGUAACUUUAAAGUUUGUUCAGCAGAAUCAUUUGGGGCCAGAUUUGCAAAAGGCACCCGGCCUGUAGCCCCCGUUUGCUUGUAUAUCAGGCUUGGUCUCCAUAAGAGUUUGCCACGAUGCUGCGUGCAAACUCUUGCAAAUCUGACCCUUAAUUUUAAAUCCUUUUUCUUGUGUGCUUUUCUAGAGUUUACUUUGUAAUUCAUCCUAACAUGGAAAUAACACUUGCUAGAAAUGACCCCUUCCUCUUCUCGUGUUUCUCUUUUGUGUCAGAGAAAAUGCCAUUUGUGUGAAUAAAGGGCAAAACAAUUAGAUUCUUGGUACAAACUGCCCAUACUUGACCUCUCUUCUUUAUUGCUGCCAAUGAGAGACAGCAUUUUUCUUCCAGUAAAACAGCUCAGGUCAUAAUUAGUAAUGUGCCAGGUAUCAGACUAGUACUUAAUCCAUCUCUCCGCCCCCACCCCCCAACCAGAGUAAAUGUCAUGCCAAAUGUACUAAAAUAUGCUAAUUUGGGCUUUUUCAAAUUAAAGGUAACUUCUGGUAAACUUUCAUGGAAAGAUUGGGGUACAAGAAUAAGGCAAAAUGCUAACUAGUAUCCAGACUUAAAAAACAAACAAA